AUGGAACCUAACAAUGUUGAGAAUAACGGGGGUGAUUGUGAUUGGAAGCCUAGAGUUCACAUGACAUUUGAUACAGAACAAGAAGCAUAUAAUUUCUAUAAUGCUUAUGGAGGAAGGAUGGGGUUUAGUAUUAGAAGGGGUUAUGUAAACAAGAACAAGGAGGGGCAAAUCACUUCAAGGCUAUUUGUUUUUAAUAAGGAGGGGUUUCGGGGUACAGACAAGCGAGAUCCAUUAACAAAAAAUCCUAGGCAAGAAGUGAGGACUGGUUGUCAAGCCCGACUUAUCAUUAAGUGGGAUAGGAAUAUUCAUAAAUUUUUUGUUGGUGAGUUUGUUGAACAACAUAAUCAUAUUUUUGUACCAACAGAAUGUACGCAUAUGUUACCAUCCCAAAGGAAGAUAUCUGCAUCACAGGCAACCGAAAUAGAUUUAGCUGAAAAAUUUGGAAUCUGGCUUAAUGCUGCAUUUGAGCUCAUGGGUAAUGAAGCUGGUGGAAGGGAGUCGCUUGGGUUCACAAAAGUGGACCAAAAAUAUUAUUUGAGAACGAAGAGGCAAAAGAGCUUAGCAUAUGGGGGGAUGAUCAUGGAUUAUGGGCAAUUUGGUGAUGUUGUCACUUUUGACACUAAUUACAAGUUAAAUAGUGCACAUAGACCAUUUGCGUCUUUCGUUGGAUUUAACCAUCAUAGGGAAACUGUUAUAUUUGGCGCAGCUUUGAUGUAUGAUGAGACUGCUGAUUCUUUUAUAUGGCUUUUUAGAAGAUUCUUGGAGGCAAUGUCAAGUAAGGCUCCGAAAACAAUUUUUACGGAUCAGGAUGCUGCAAUGGCUAAGGCCAUACCUAUUGUCAUGCCUAACACAAAACACCGCCUUUGCACUUGGCAUUUGAUGCAAAAUGCAUUAAGGCAUGCAAAUUCUAUCUUCAAGGAUAAGGAGGUGAGGGAUAAGGAGAUGAAGAGUGUUUUAUCCAAAUUUAUGUACGACAUUGAGGAUGAGGAUGAUUUUACGUUAAAAUGGGAGGAAAUGCUUGACAAGUAUGAAGUGCGAGAUAAUCAUUGGUUGAAGUUAACAUUUGAAGUCAAGGAAAAAUGGGGUUGGCCAUAUGUUAGAAAUGCAUGGGGUGCGGGUAUGAGUAGCACCCAACUUAGUGAAUCCUUUAAUGCAUUCUUGAAGGAUUUCAUUCAGUUUAAUCAUAACUUAAUGCAAUUUUUCAUGCAUUUUGAUCGAGUUCUUUGUGAGAAGAGGUACAAAGAGUUACAAGUCGAAUAUGCUCUAUGCCAUAAGUUGCCGAGGGUGAAUAUUAAAGUGGAGAUUAUGGAGCAAGCUGCAGAUGUUUACACAAAUAAAAUUUAUGAAGAAUUUCAAGAUGAGUAUGUCAAGUCCCUUGAAGUAAACAUUGAAGAAACUGAAAUUUGUGGUGAGAGUACCAUUUAUACGGUUCUUGAUAGUGAUGGUGUAAAGGUGAGGAAGGUGACAGUGGAGUGUGAUGGUUCACUCACUUGCAAUUGUAGGAAAUUUGAAAUAAAAGGCAUUUUGUGUAGUCAUUGUUUGAAGAUCGUUAGAGAAAUCCUCAAAUUCAAAGAGAUUCCUUCCCAAUAUAUUCUCAAGAGAUGGACUAAAAAAGCAAGAGCUGAAAAUGUGAAAGAUAGGUGUGGGCAUGAUAUUAAGGUUGAUGUAAGAUUGCAUCAAACUUCACGCUUUAGAUCAUUGAUGGCAAUUUUCAAAGCAGUAGCGUGUAGAGCUUCCGAAAGUGAGGAAACAUAUAACUUGAUGGUAGAGAAAGCGGAUGACUUAAUUGCAAACAUUGAAAGCAUGUUAAGUGCAAAAUUUAAUAUGCCUUUCUCAGAUACUAUUGAACAUGAAAGCCCUCCUGACACAUGCCUCGAAAGCUUUGAAGUGGAUGGUGUAGUGGAUACAAAUGUAGUUCAAGCAAAAGGACUCAAACGAAGAGAGUGCACUAGCAAGGGACGAAGGCGGACAAAAGGUGGUUUGGAGCUUGUGUUGGCAAAGAAAAAUAAAACAAGUUCACAUAAUGCUUCUCAAACUCCCAUGUUUGUUGCUCCUCAACCUAGUUCACACAAUGCUUCUCAAACUCUCAUGUCUGUUGCUCCUCAACCUCCUCCCUUAUUUUCGGCGAGUGCUCCUGAACCAUCUUCCUCAUUUUCACCGAGUAUUCCUCAAUCAGCUCCUUUAUUUUCAAUAAGUGCUCCUCAACUUCCUCCAUUCUCAACGUGUGUUCCUCAAGUUAAUGCUUCAUCUACUCAAUUUAUGUAUCCCGCCUAUGAUCCAAGUUUUCUUCGUCACAAUAUGCAUUUUUCAAUGCCAUCGAUGUAUUCGGUCCAUGGAAGCUAUCAAGCCUUGCUUAACAAUGCAAGCGGUUAUGACUCGCAAGCCUCGAAUAGUCCUGCAUAUAGUGAAGUACUAUAUGGGCAUGGGCGUGGUCGUGGGCGUGGCCAAGGCCAUGGGAAUGUGGAUCACACGUCAAUAUCGUAG